CUGCCGCUCAAACCGACCUCAGCCAAUCAGAUCCUUUUGUCCUUUUCACAGACGCUCGCCGGCAGUUAGUGCUACUAUCCAACAUGUCGGCUACGUCUAUGUUCCCCAUGUGUGUGCGAGCGAGCCGGGGCCUCCUGAGGCUCAGGAGCGGGACGGCGGCCGCCUCUUCACCGGCCGUGGUGGACAUCGUCCGGACACUCUCUACGGAUAAGCCGCCGGCCGGAGCGGGCAGUGCGACGGGCGGACUGGCUCAGGCUAUCCUCCAGGAGAGACUCCAACAGCAGCAGCAGAGUCAGGGCCAGCCUCCUCCUGAGGGUGGUGAGGCGGAGAGGGAGGGAGAACAGGCGGAGGACAGGAAGCGGAAGGAGAACACGGCCUACGCUAAGAAGAUGGUGCUUCGGCUGGCCGGACUCAUGGGACUUGGGGGAGCGGUCGGCGUGGUCUACAUAUUCGGCACCAAUUCGCUGGAUGAACAAGGAAACGUGAUUCCAGAUGAGUUCGACAGAGAUCCUCCAGUCAUCCAGCAGUUGAGAAGAACCUACAAAUACUUCAAGGACUACAGACAGAUGAUCAUCGAGCCGACGAGCCCGAAGCUGCUGCCCGACCCUCUGAAGGAGCCAUACUACCAGCCUCCAUACACUCUGGUGCUGGAGCUCACCGACGUGCUGCUGCACCCGGAGUGGUCGCUGUCGACAGGUUGGCGGUUUAAGAAGCGUCCGGGCAUUGACUACCUGUUCCAGCAGCUCGCACCACUCUACGAGAUCGUCAUCUUCACUUCGGAGACUGGCAUGACAGCGUAUCCUCUGAUUGACAGCAUCGAUCCUCAGGGAUUCGUCAUGUAUCGUCUCUUCAGAGAUGCAACACACUACAUGGACGGACAUCAUGUUAAGGACGUGUCUUGUCUGAACCGGGACACCAGUAAGGUGAUCGUGGUGGACUGUAAGCGGGAGGCGUUCAGGCUGCAGCCCUUUAACGGCAUGGCUCUGAAGAAAUGGGACGGAAACUCUGAGGACCGAACGCUCUACGACCUCGCCAACUUCCUCAAGACCAUCGCUCUGAGUGGAGUGGACGAUGUGCGUUCAGUGUUGGAGAACUACGCCCUGGAGGACGACCCCAUCGAGGCCUUCAAACGCAGACAGGCUCAGCUGGCACAGGAGGAGGAGCAGCGUCUGGUCGAGCUCUCCCAGCAGAAGAAACAGGGACUCUCUCUCGGCUCCAUCGCCUCGCGGUUCUGGCGCUCCAAGCAGCAGUGAGCCCCACCCCCUCCCAAACCUCCACCAAUCGCAGCCCGGCUCUCCAUCAGUGUCAAGGGGAGGAGAGGGGCCAGGGGACAGAGGAGGAGGAGGAGGAACAGGGGUGACCUGCAUACUGUAGCUGAGCACCACAAACAACCAAUCAUGUCUCAGUGGGCGGGUCUGCAGUCUUGGAACCUUGCUCUGCACCAGUGAGACAGGCACUUCCUGGUUUUUGGAGGCAGGGCAGUGGUGGCCUCCUCCCCUGGUCAUCUUGGUGUCACCUGUUGCGUAUCAAGCUGCUGAUUGGUUUUUU